CACCUUCUUGCCCAACCGACACCUUAUUUCGACCUCGCACCACCACAUUCCGCUCCGCGACCUGUCCGUCCGUCCGUCCGUCCGUUCGGCCAUGCCCGCCGCAGCCCAUCACAGUCGCAUCUCGCAUCACCACCCGCUUUCGACCCGUUGAACAAGCAGGCGCCAGCCAUUUGACCGGCCCGGCCAGCUAGUAAGCGACGCGCCCGCGAUACUACGUACCUACUUUGCGCUCCCUGCCAGCUCUGCCACAGCUGCACGCCAUGCCCGCUGCCAUCGCGGAUCAAGACGCCGGGGGCCGGCAACACGCUCGUGACCGCUCGCCGCCUGCCCCUGCCGCCGCGUCCACGGUCAAGGCCAUCAUCGCCGAUCAGGUCACUGGUACCUACUCCGUCGCCCAGCGGUCCCUCGACCGCGUCGUGCCGCCAUCCUCGCGACGCCACGCGUACGACGCGGCUUCGGCACUCGCCUCGUCGCGACCCAUCCUCUUCUCGUUUCUGCUCGCGCAAGUCUGCUUCUCUCUGCUGCCUCUGCUGCUCUUCACCCUUUUCUGUGCGUCGGCCGUGGGCUUCGCCCUCGCAACGGGCCUUCUCUUCACGCUCUUCUGGGUUGGCGUCGCGCUCUUCGCCCUUGUGCCGACGCUGCUUCUCACAUCAUCCGUUGCCGCGCUGAUGUGGGCGUGGGCGCUCUCCGCGUUCCUCGUCGCUCGCUGGCUCUACAGUCACGCACCCCCGGGCGUCACUGGCCGGCAAGCCCAAGCACCGGUGAAGAGCGUUAGCCUCAAGGAAGAAGACUUGGACAACAAGGUGGAGCCUGCGCGUAAUUGACUGGGGGGGCUGCACGAUUGGCAACAUAGCACCAGCGAGAGACUGACUGUCGGCAUGUGGGCGCAGUUUUCCUCAUAAUUUUAGUGAUAAUACAACUCAUUACUCGGCUGUGUCUCGCCACCCCGCGUCCAGCUGAGCAGCCCUCCUCAA